UGCAUGUUGAUGUUUGGUCACAUCCCAGGAAGUCGGUGCGCAGCUUGGGGAGAGUCCUGCGAUGCAGAGAUAUCGCACAGGCAAACCAUUGAAGAUGGAGUGAAGAGUGGAAAAUAGUUACACUAGAAGACAGCCAAGAAGACGGAGCUACCUUUUUUCUUUCUAUCAAAGGGUAGCUGUUUGACUGAUUUAAAGCUACCACACCAAGCAAGAUCCGUUUCCUUGGGAUGGGGGAUUCUAGUGUUGGUGAUGUGAUUGGAGGGUAUCUUGCCUAUAAGCUGCCCAUCAUAGCCUGAGACAGGGGUUUCACCUCAUCUGUUCAGGUGGGAUUAUAGGACUAUAGAUACCUUUUUCUUCCCAACCUCAGCUGGACCAUGUCACGGCAAGGAGGAACCACAUGGAUACCUACAACCAUGGUCCAACCAUUUGCCAGUCUACACCGAAUCUGUUGGAUUGUACUAGUGGUAACUUCUUUCUUCGCAGUGGCGCAGGGGCAACAGUAUCCGGUUGUCACUACAAACUAUGGCAAGUUGAGAGGCUUAAAAAUGUCACUGCCUAAUGAAAUUUUAGGACCUGUGGAACAGUACUUGGGAAUUCCCUACGCGCUGCCGCCCACAGGCGAGAGGAGGUUUCAGCCUCCAGAGCCGCCCAUGUCUUGGCCGGGGAUCCGAAAUGCCACUCAGUUCGCUCCAGUGUGUCCCCAGUUUCUGGAAGACCGCUUUUUACUCAAUGAUAUGUUACCUGUUUGGUUCACUGCUAACUUGGAUACAGUGGUAACCUACGUGCAGGACCAAAGCGAAGACUGUCUAUACCUGAACAUCUAUGUGCCCACUGAGGAUGGAGCCAACACUUACAAUCAACGUGCUGAUUUCACCAAUAAUGAGGGUGGCGAAGACAAAGACAUCCACGACGAGAAUGGUCUGAGGCCUGUCAUGGUAUACAUUCACGGCGGAUCUUACAUGGAAGGCACAGGGAACAUGAUCGAUGGCAGCAUCCUGGCCAGCUAUGGAAACGUCAUUGUGGUUACCCUUAACUACAGACUGGGAGUGCUGGGAUUUCUAAGCACAGGGGAUCAGGCUGCCAAAGGGAAUUACGGCUUGUUGGACCAGAUUCAAGCAUUGCGGUGGAUCAAAGACAACAUCCAAGCCUUCAAAGGAGAUCCAAAAAGGGUGACGAUAUUUGGAUCAGGAGCUGGGGCUUCGUGUGUUAGCCUGCUGACCCUGUCCCAUUAUUCAGAGGAUCUGUUUCAGAAAGCCAUCAUCCAAAGUGGCACAGCUCUAUCCAGCUGGGCCGUCAAUUACCAGCCAGCCAAGUAUACACGCUUGCUUGCUGAAAAAGUAGGCUGCAACAUGCUGGAUACCAUCGAACUGGUGGAAUGCUUGCAAAAUAAGAACUAUAAGGAGCUGAUCGAGCAAUAUAUCACCCAGGCCAAGUACCACAUUGCUUUUGGGCCUGUUAUAGAUGGUGACGUCAUCCCAGAUGACCCGCAGAUCCUCAUGGAGCAGGGCGAGUUCCUGAACUAUGACAUAAUGUUGGGCGUCAACCAGGGCGAAGGUUUCAAGUUCGUGGAUGGGAUUGUAGAUAGCGAGGAUGGUGUGUCGGCCAACGACUUUGAUUUUGCAGUGUCGGAUUUUGUAGACCACCUGUACGGUUAUCCAGAGGGGAAGGAUACGCUCCGAGAGACUAUCAAGUUCAUGUACACUGAUUGGGCUGAUAAGGAGAAUCCAGAGACUAGGCGCAAGACUUUGGUUGCAUUAUUUACAGACCACCAGUGGGUGGCUCCUGCUGUAGCUACGGCCGAUCUUCAUGCGCAGUAUGGAUCGCCAACGUACUUCUACGCUUUCUAUCACCAUUGCCAGAGCGAGAUGAAGCCAAGUUGGGCAGACUCGGCACAUGGAGAUGAGGUGCCUUACGUAUUCGGGAUCCCUAUGAUUGGCCCGACUGAUCUGUUCAACUGCAACUUUUCCAAGAAUGAUGUCAUGCUCAGUGCAGUGGUGAUGACGUACUGGACCAAUUUUGCUAAGACGGGAGAUCCAAAUCAACCAGUCCCACAGGACACCAAGUUCAUCCACACAAAACCCAAUCGGUUUGAAGAAGUGGCCUGGUCCAAGUACAACCCCAAAGAUCAGUUGUACCUUCACAUUGGCCUGAAGCCGAGAGUUCGAGACCACUACCGUGCUACCAAGGUGGCCUUCUGGCUUGAACUUGUGCCUCACCUUCACAAUAUCAAUGAACUGUUUCAGUACGUCUCGACCACCACCAAGAUCCCGCCGCAGGACACGACGCCCUUCCCUUACACCAAACGACUCGGUAAAACCUGGCCGUCCACAACACGCCAUCCGGGAAUACCUCCUUCAAAUACCAAGCAAACUACAGACCAACGCAAAGGCAAUGAUCUUGUUGAGGACUCUGCUGUGAUGAUUGAGACCAAGCGUGACUACUCGACGGAACUGAGUGUGACCAUCGCAGUGGGUGCAUCACUGCUCUUCCUGAACAUCCUAGCCUUCGCCGCACUCUACUACAAGAAAGAUAAGCGACGACAUGAGUCUGGUCGUCGUGGUACCAGCCCACAACGCAGUGCCAACCCGAAUGCUAACGAUGUCUCACGUAUGCAGAGCGACGAACUUGCGUCGUUGCAGAUGAAGCAGCAGCAACAACAACUGGAGCAACAGCUUGAAAAUGAGCACAGGCAUGAAUGUGAGGCACUGAGGCUCACGUGCCCACCUGAUUACGCACUUACGCUCCGCCGAUCUCCCGACGAUGUGCCGCUCAUGACGCCCAGCACCAUCACCAUGAUUCCCAGCUCGCUUGGUGCCAUGCAGCCCUUGCACAAUUUCAAUGCCUUUGUUGGGACUCAGAACAGCACCAAUCUCCCUCAUGCUCACUCCACCACCAGGGUAUAGCUGCGCGCAUUCGGAAUACCUUCAGACUACCACCUCCUCUUGGGACUAUUCUUAGGAAGUCAGGGUUGGUUUACUCCUGGCAUCGAGCUUAAGACUGAAGUCAUGGAUGAAAAAUUGCUCCACCUGGAGAUUGAUUCUCAGUGGAUAAGAUUAUUUUGUUACAUCUUCUUAAAGAGUAUACAAGUCCAGUAUGAUCUGUUUGUUUGAGUGAAUGCGACUAAACUUCACACUUACUCGGAACCAAGUGGAGUGGGGAAUAUUUUACCAAAAGUAAUUCUGGACUCUUUUGGACUAGUUUGCUUGCAUAGGGGACACUUGGAAGCGAAUAGUAGAAGGCAUUAAGGAUCUGUUAAAGCUUGGUACUGUUUAUCCGAUAUCAAACAGUGCACGAACACUGUCCUUGGAACAAAUCUACUUUUCCGACACAUAUUGGACAAGGGAACGGAAUUCUAAUAUCUCCCAGCCUGAAAUGUAUUUAUGACAAAUUUGUAAAGAUGAGAAUUCUGUAAAU